AUGUCAAGUGCUGAUUCAGACUCAAUACAUUCCAUCGAUGUCCCUCCACCCGUCCCACCAAAGGAUGAAUUUCGUCCUGCAAUCCCGCCAAAAGAUUUUCCAAAAACAUUCUUUUCUACCAUUGGUCCCUCCAACUCUAGUGAUUUGAAUUUUAAUGAAACACCUUCAACUCCAGAGGCAAACACAGCAAAGCGUACAAAAAAACCUUUAAAAAAAUUUCAAUUUUCUGCUUUAGGCUCGUUGUUUGCUCCUGCUACUACCACAAAAUCAACGACUACAGACGAUGAUGUCCCUCGGAUAUCUUCUCGUUCUGAUAGUAUGUUUUCAAAAUUUUCAUCUUGGUGGUCAAAUUUGAGACUUAAACCAAGAAAUACUACAAAUGUUGCACCAAUAGCGAUACCUUCAACAUCAUCUUCAGCUGCAUCAUUAAUUACUCCUCAGAUAACAGAUGAUAUAAAUAAUACUCAACAAAUUCCAAAAGUCAAAAAAUCCAAGAAAAUAACCGAUCUUUCAUCUGUACCAUCCAGAAAUCCACCUAAUAAAAAGAAUAACUUUGGGACCUUUAUAGAAAAAUUGAAUCGUAAAUUUUCUUUUAGUUCUGGGUCACGUCCAGCAAAAUCGUCAUCAUCAUCAUCUACUUAUCAAAAUGGAAGUAUUACAAAAGAAAAUGCCAAACAAAAGCAAAAGUUAGUUGACGAUCAUGACCUUACAGCUUCAACUCAAACUUUAUGUCCUGAUGAAUCUUCAAUUUCAACAACUCAUUCUACUGCUGCUGAAACCAUAGAAACACAUGAAGAAGAUGAAAAUAUUGAAGAUAUAGCAGUAGAUGUUUUGGGUCCUUUAAGAUAUUCGAUGGCAAAAUCUAAUGCAUCAGAUGACACGAUAAGAGGUGCAUCAGGAACAAAUCGUCAUAGUCGACUAUUUGAUAUUUUCACUUCUAGAAGUUCUUCUCAGCGUGGUUCAAGUUCUUCUCGUGCAAGUCGUGGAAGUGUUGUUCCCACAACAAAUGGUAUUCCUAACCGUCAUAUUAGAGUCAAUUCAAAUUCUAUGAAAGAUCCAAUAAAUGUAUAUGAAACACAACAAGAAAAUUAUGAAAAUCGUAUUUCUAUAAUAAAUAGUGAUAAUUUUAUGCCUCCAUCUUCUACUAAUAAUUCUUCACAAAUAUGCUCAAAUAUUGAUAUGCCAUGUUUUACACUUGAAAAUGAAGGAGAGGGUAGCGUAUCCGGAAAUGAUUCCGCAACAGAAGGACAAGCUAAAUCAGAAAUGUCUCCAUUGCUUAAAUUUAAAACAUAA